ACAUUUUGUUUAUCCAUCAUUGAUGGACAUUUGGGUUGUUUCUACUUUUGGGACUAUUACGAAUAAUGCUGCUGUGAAGAUUUUUGCACAGUCUGUGUGUGGACAUAGGUCUUCAUUUCUCUUUGGUAUUUACCUAGGCAUUGAAUUCCUGAGUCACAUGAUAACUUAAUGUUUAAUCUGGAAGAACUGCCAGACUGUUUUCCAGAGUAACUACACCAUUUUACUUUCCCACUAGCCGUGAUUAAGGACUCCAGCUUUUCUACAUCCUUACCAAUAUUUGUCAUUAUCUGACUUUUUGAUAAUAGCCAUCCUAGUGUGUUUGAAGUGGUCAUUGUGGGUUUUUUAUUUCCCUAAUGACUAAUGAGCAUCUUUUUAUGUGCAUAUUGGCUACUUGUAUAUCUUCUUUGGAGAAAUAAAUAGAUCCUUUACCAAUUUUUAAUUUCAUUAUUUAUAUUUUAUUGAGUUAUGGGACCUCUUUAUAUACUCUAGAUAUAAGUCCCUUAUCAGAUAUAUGAUUUGCAAAUAAUUUUUCCUAUUAUGUAGAUUACCUAUGGCAGUACUUUUGAUACCAAGCUUUCUUUUGUUUAAGUAGACUGCCAGGUAAACAAAGCCUACAAAGUGGCAGUAUGAACAGUCAGUUUAGGGAGGCAGUGCUCUAUCUGGUGAGCAAAAAGAAACAAAUCUCCAUGGUAUGCCUGUCAUUAAAUUUUUGUCUAAUUUUCAGCUUUUUCUUUGUGGUAUAAAAUUACAACAUAUAGCCAAGAGUGGAGCUAAAGUUGAACACUUGGCUAUCUCCUGUUAAUAAUACACAGUACAAGAUAGGAGUUACUUGUUGGCUGACUGCUCUGUUCUUUAGUGCUUAUGGUAUUGCCUCCAAAAUUAAUGAAACAGACUCUAACAAAGGGGUCCAAGGAUCAGUUACCUAGCUGCACUACUUAGCCCUAUGACUGUCAUCAAAUAACUUAACCUUUCUGAAUAUACAUUUUUCUCAUCUGUUAUAAAAUGAAAUUGGAAGGAAAAUUGAACAAAUUGCACAGUAUAUUAAGGUCUUUCCAUCUUUAAAAUAUAAUUAUAGAAUACAGUAACAGUGAUUAUUUUUCUUCUUAAACCUUGUUGAAAAAUCUUAGGCCUAAUGUACAUUUUCUCAAAAGGAUUGGAGUUAGAUGGAUUUGACAAGUAAAAAACUGGGCGUAUGUCAGUAUUCAAUAAAAAUGCCAUCUGUGUGAAUUUGCAUUGUGAGAUAGAGGAAUGUGUGACCUAAGAGUCACCAGUAAAGGAAGAAAUAAUUUAUGCACCUGCUGUGGGUGUGGCUAGAGGUAAAGGGACCGUGAGGAAUGAGUCCUUGAUUGCUGUCUUGGAAGUAUUCAGAGAUCAUUAAAGAAGAAGGACGUUCUCAGAGAUCUGUGUGUUCAAAGGUGAAACAAAACCUAAUAAGAAAAAUAGGUCCAUAAGAAAAGAAACAUCUGAAAAGGGUGAGAAAUUGUGAGGAAAUAAUGCAAAAGGUGUCCCAAAGCUCUUGACCAGUGAACAAAGAUUUGAGAAAGACAGCCAAGCUCAUGUUUUCUCCUGAUCAAGAAAAUCAUCCAUCUAAAGCACCAGUAAAAUAUGGGGAACUCAUUGUCUUAGGGUAUAAUGGGUCUCUCCCAAAUGGCGAUAGAGGAAGGAGGAAAAGUAGGUUUGCUUUGUUUAAAAGACCUAAGGCAAAUGGGGUGAAGCCCAGCACUGUGCAUAUUGCUUGUACUCCUCAGGCUGCAAAGGCAAUAAGCAACAAGGACCAGCAUAGCAUAUCAUAUACUUUAUCUCGGGCCCAGACUGUGGUGGUUGAAUAUACUCAUGACAGCAACACUGAUAUGUUUCAGAUUGGCCGGUCAACUGAAAGCCCCAUUGAUUUUGUAGUAACUGACACAGUUCCUGGAAGUCAAAGUAAUUCUGAUACACAGUCAGUACAAAGCACUAUAUCAAGAUUUGCCUGUAGAAUAAUAUGUGAACGGAAUCCUCCCUUUACAGCACGGAUUUAUGCUGCAGGAUUUGACUCAUCAAAAAACAUCUUUCUUGGGGAAAAGGCUGCCAAAUGGAAAACAUCAGAUGGGCAGAUGGAUGGCUUGACCACUAAUGGCGUUCUUGUAAUGCAUCCACGCAAUGGGUUCACAGAAGACUCCAAGCCUGGAAUAUGGAGAGAAAUAUCAGUGUGUGGAAAUGUAUUUAGCCUGCGUGAAACCAGAUCAGCUCAGCAAAGAGGAAAAAUGGUGGAAAUUGAAACCAAUCAGUUACAAGAUGGCUCAUUAAUCGACCUCUGUGGUGCAACAUUACUAUGGCGUACUGCAGAAGGCCUUUCCCACACUCCUACAGUGAAGCAUUUAGAAGCUUUAAGACAGGAAAUCAAUGCAGCACGACCUCAGUGCCCUGUAGGGUUCAACACACUAGCAUUUCCUAGUAUGAAGAGGAAAGAUGUUGUAGAUGAAAAACAACCAUGGGUGUAUCUAAACUGCGGCCAUGUACAUGGCUAUCAUAACUGGGGAAACAAAGAAGAACGUGACGGAAAAGAUCGUGAAUGUCCUAUGUGUAGGUCUGUCGGUCCCUAUGUUCCUCUGUGGCUUGGAUGUGAAGCUGGAUUUUAUGUGGACGCCGGCCCUCCAACCCAUGCGUUUAGCCCAUGUGGGCAUGUGUGUUCAGAAAAGACAACUGCCUAUUGGUCCCAGAUCCCUCUUCCUCAUGGUACUCAUACUUUUCAUGCAGCCUGUCCCUUUUGUGCACAUCAGUUGGCUGGUGAACAAGGCUACAUCAGACUUAUUUUUCAAGGACCUCUAGACUAACAGACCAUUGUCCUCCAAGACUACAUUAUAAAUUUAUAAGCUAAGUGAGUUGGGUUUUCAAACUUGCCCACAUCACAGUUUUUCUGCUCUGGUCAUUUGCAUUAAGAUGAAGAAUUUUUUUAAACAUUUAUAAUAAAUAGUAGGAAUUUCUGAGCAAAAAUCUGGGAAACUCAAGCAAAGGAAUUUCUGAAAGCACCAGUCUUCUGAAUUCUGAGUUUUGAAAAUAUAUUUUGAGGAGAAAAAGACAUAGUCUAAUUCGAUGCCUUCCUUUUAGUGUUUUUGAAUCACCCAUCCUCAGUGCUGAAAUUGUUUUGUAUAACUGAGGGUACUGUUGGUUCAAACUAUGUUAGUUUACAGUUUGUUGCAAACAUUGUAAAAUACAGCAACAUGUAUAUUAACUUUUUUCUAUUUAUCUUUAUUAUAGAAAAUACCUUAGAAUGUUCUUGAUAGAGUAGCAUGGUAAUGAUGGUGGCACACCAUUGGUGUGAAUGGUAGCUUAGUGAGCACCUAGCUUAAGGAUUUGCAAAGUUAGGAAGAAGGACCAGAGAACCUCUCUCCCCACCCCAGUCUAAGUAAUUUGGUAAAUUAGAAUAAUUUGUAAUUUGUAAGACCAAAUUCAUAUUAAUUACCAUUGUAUGAAAGGUGUUUGUUUUUAACCACAUUGAAGAUAAUCAGGAAAGAAUUUUUCCUAAUGUUUCUCUCAAGCGUAGUACUAUAACAAAAACUUAAUGCUAAGAAACAUUUUAUAUGCUCCUUUGAAUAUGCAAUUUAAUCUAGAUUAUCUAUUUUUCUCCCAUGAUAACUAAUCUGUUUGUAGUAUCGGCAGCAUUUGGCAAGUUUAUUUUUUGGAUAUAAACUGUGGUUCAUCUGUUCACUGUUUCUAGAAAAAAGUCCUUCCCAUAAGAAAAAGUAUAAAUUAGCAAGAAAGGAAAGUGACAUGAUUUACUUUUAGAAAAAGAAAUGCUUAAGUAAUUAUUCUGUAUUUGGCUUUAUUCAGGCAUUAGGAAAUCUAGAGAUCUAAAGGGUUGAAUGACAGUAGUACCCCCUUUUAGCAGACCAGCCUUAAUUCUGGGUUUGAAUCCUAAGGGAUUGCCACAGUGAGACUCAAGUAAAUGCUUGCUUGGCAGAUGCAGCUGAGCACCAAUGUCUGCAGUGUGGAGUGACCACUGCAUGGUCUGUUUGUUCUCUAAUUCCAGUAUGCCCUUUGCUUCUGGAAGCAAAAACAAGUUUCCUCUCUCCCCUCCUUCCCAACCUUUUUUCAAAGGCACCACAAGUAUAGACAGUUGCACUACAUCAAAUCUUUUUUUGACACUUGUAGAAACCAGUACACUUUUAGAUUAGACAGUCUUUUUUAAAUAUUUUGAUUUGUUUUCCUUUAGUUUGAAAAGUUGUAUAAUACUUAAUUGACUGUAGCAAAGUUUUAUAUAUGGUAGCAUAACUUUACUUUAUCCUAUUACAACACUGUUCUGAAUUUUCUUUUGGUUUUUUAAAAAAACAAAACUUGUCGCUUAGAAGCCAUGAACUAUUUUAUUUUACUUCAGCUGUUGAAAUUUCCUUGUUUUUAAAAAUGAUCAUUUGGGUUCACUCAGGAAAUGCAUGUCAGGAAACUUGUAUUAUAAGUUUAUUAGUUGUGAUGUAUCAGUAACUGCUGUUACCCCUUUUUCAAAGAAAUGUAAUUGAUUUUAAAGUUUUCUAGAUUGUCACAUGCUUUGUGACUAAUGCAAGGAAAUCAAGUCCUGUGUUGUAUUUGUUCUAGUCAUUUCUAUUCAGGCUAUAUAUUGUAGCUUGAUUUUUAUUUGCAAUUAAUUUAUUUAAACUAAGUAAAUACUUUUCAAAAUAG